AUGCGAGCUACAUCAUUACACCUCCUAGCCGCCCUGGCGCGCCUUACUGCCAGCGCAGAAAUCGACACCGAAGAACUCCCCGACACAGGCCUCGACACCUCCCAAUGGGUAACAGGAGAAGUCCCUCCCCUAGACGACAUGGUAAAUCUCCACGACAUGCAACUCGCCGCCAAAAACGCCCUCUCAGGCAAAAAUUACGCCUACUACCGCACCGCAUCUCUCGACGAAGUCACCUACAAGAAAAACCUCUUUGACUGGGAAAAAAUCCGACUAAACGGUUUUUCUUUCGUGAAUGUCUCCAAUAUUAAUCUCCAAACAAGCAUUCUCGGCCAUGAAUUUUCUGCUCCGUUUUUUAUCGCUCCUGCUGCCAAAGCCGGAAAAGCGAGUAAAGGAGCCGAAACAAAUCUCGUUCGAGCAGCAGGAGCAGCAGGGAUUUUGUAUAUUCCUUCGAUUUCUUCAACGUUGUCGAUUGAAGAGAUUAGCGAUGCUGCUCUUCCCGGCAGCAACAACUCCACCUCCUCUAAUUCUUCUUCCACCACCCCCCAAGUCCUCUUCCACCAAGAAUACAUCUGGACAAACACCACCCGCCUCACCUCCGAACUCCGACGCAUGGAAAACUCCGGCUACAAAGCCCUCGUCCUCACAGUCGACAACGUCGGCGUCAACGGCAUCCGCAAUCGUCAAAUGCGCUAUUCCUCCGGUUUGAGCGAAACUCUCCACAGUGCAACUUUCACCAUCGAAUCUCUCGCGCAACUGCGCAAUAUGACGACUCUCCCUAUCAUUCCCAAGGGAGUCAAAACUGCCCACGAUGUAAAAUUAUGCGCGGAUUUGGGAUUUCCCGCUGUGUAUAUUUCGAAUCAUGGAGGUCGGACGGUGGAUUUGGCUCCGACGGCUGUGGAGACUUUGUUGGAGGUUAGAAGGCUGUAUCCAGAGGUUUUUGAUCAGGUGGAGAUUUAUGCGGAUGGGGGCGUGAGAAGGGCUUCGCAUAUUUUGACGUUGAUUGCGUUGGGGGCCAAGGCGGUCGGGGUGGGGAGGCCGGCGAUGUUUGCGAAUGUUUUUGGGGAGGAGGGAGUUAGUAAGAUGAUUGCGAUUUUGAAGGAGGAGUUGAAGACGACUAUGCAGUUGAUGGGGGAGAGUGAUGUGAAUGCAUAUCGGGGGAAUGGGACGUUUGUGAAUACCAAGGCGGUUGAGAGGGAUUUUUUCGGCUUGGCUUGA